AUGUUACCUCAACACCAAACGCACUUCCCAUGUCCUCCUUCACGCACACCGCUGCAGCAGCCGCAACAGCAGCAACGCAUUGUGGUUGCAUUUGACGUGUCAAAGGGAGAGACAAUAGAACCCAAUGACCCUUCUCUGCGGCGCUUCUGCCGUCUCCUGCAGCAGUUGGGGUGUACAUGCGUCGUCAACCGGUCUCUUCUUAGCCUAGAGAGGCUGCAGCGCCAUGGUGUAUCCCUGCUCGUUAUGGGCAAUCCAGUCAAGCCCUUUACAGCAGACGAACUUCAAUCUCUGAAACUCUUCCUCCAGACACCUCAAACGGAUGCGGAAGCACUUGCAUCAGCGGCAAAUGCUGCGGGUGCAGUUGUUCCUGCUGAGCCUCAAAAUGCCAUUACGAUAGGUGCGUCUCCUUCGGCUACUUCGAACGGCAAACAAGUUACAGCGAGUGCUGAAAAAACACCCACCACCGGAGCGCGGGAUCCUACGGUAGGAAGAACAGAAGGAAGUGCUGGUAGUUCCGCAAAUUUGCGGCGGGUCCACAGCAUUUUCGUCCUAGGUGGUAGCGGCAACAGCAGCACCAACGUGAAUUUCCUGCUUGAGGAGAUGGGCCUGUCCCUUGCUGCGGACUCCGUUGUUGCUGUCAUGCCCCCUGCGCCGCAACAGCAGCAACGCGGCAUCAACCACCCAAGAGAGGUGGUGCUCCAGCAGCAUCAGCUCGUAGGAGAGAAGUUACAGCAGGAAAUGCAACAGCAGCAGAAUGGUGCCAACGGCAUGGGUGGUAGCAACGGCAGCGGCGGGAAUGUGUUUGUGUAUCCUUACGGGUCCACUGUAUAUGUGCAAGCCCCUGCUGUGCCACUGCUAUGCAGCAGUAACUGUUGCAACCCUUGCCAACGCCCGUUGAUUGGAGCUGCUGCUGCUGCUGGAGGAGGGGUUGUUAUCGCUUCUGGCAGUAGCCAACUGCUGCGGGACACUUACUUGAAUCUGUACAGCAAUACGGAAUUAGUGCAUCUGCUUGUGCAGCUGCUUCUGGGGCGUGUGGCUCUGCAUAAGCUGCAGCCAAGUACGGGAGAAGCAGCCGCUGCAAUAAGCAAGUACACCCGACAGGCAGACACCGAGGUGCUGUCGCUGUUGCCGCAACCGUGCUUAGAGGCUCCGCCAGAUGUCCCUGGAGACUUUCGACUGCUGCAUCAGCAGCAAAGUUUUGCACUGCAGCAUCGGCUGCUGCUAGAGGUGCAGCAGCUGUUGCACCAGAUAAAUACAAACCCCAUAGGCCAACCACUUGAACUUAUCAAGCCCAAAUUGCUGCAGCCCUUCCCGCCCCUGAGGCCGGCGGUGAACCCACCAAUAACACCGUCCUUGCCUGCUCCGUCUCUGCCAUUGGUCGACCUGGACGACCUCACGAUGUCUCUGCAGCAGCGGCUACUUGCUACAGCUGCAGCUGCCGUUGCAAAUUUUGACACAAAUGCACAAGCCGCAACUGCCGCUGAGAGCAUAACAACUAGAGCACUUGAGCCCAUAACGUUGCUGCCAUAUGCAGCAGAAACAGCAGCGGCACUACAACCUGAGAGAGAAAGUUCUCUAGUAAACUUCGUCCUGGCAGCUGCAUCAGUGACGGGCCUGUAUCUCCCCACGGAGAAGCAGAAACAACAAAGUCAAGUUUACCCACAGCAGCAGAAGCGACCGCAACACAAGUAUUACAAAGGGUCGCAUCACCAAGCGAUAGGCAGGGACACCAGAGCUCGCGCAGCUCUGGUUCGUCUGCUUCUUUGUACCCUAGAAAGGCGUUGUGGCCAAACGUAG